AUGGCGGUCACCGCCCCCCUUCUCCCUCGACCCGGCGCCUUCAAGACGGCGAUCAACGGCGUGGCGGGCAGUCGCAUCGAGCGGCCGGCCAACGUGACGUCCGUCCCGAACUCUGCGAAGCCACUGGAGAACUCGCACCCCAUUGUUACCGAUGUGGUUCACCUCGCCACAUCGCAUCCGAUCCAGCCUGUCCGGCAAAGCACGGUACCUGCCGUGCGUGCGGAAAAGUGGGACAUCACGCUUCGAUCCGUCUUCACCUUCAACGUCUCGAAGACUAGAAAUUCGCUCGAACUGCACGAAAAGAUGGGAAAGGAAAAUGGCCACGACUCGGAACGAGAGCGUUGUCGUUACCCGGAGGCGCGACGCAGCCGGGAAAGAAGCCCGCGGUCCUCGCGCGGCCGAGGAAGAGACCACGUUCCAUGCUCAUCAAAGAGGGAGACGAGUUCGGUCGAAUCUGAUCGCGGCCGAGCCUGGCGCAAGAGGCAUGCUCUCGAUAGUAGUCCCAAGACGUCAUCGGGGUCACCGGUGCCAGCACGUUCGAGGCAACGGGAAGAGGUACCCGCGAAAAAGGAGGCACGCUCGCAAACCCGUUCAAACUCUUCCGAAAGAGUCAGCGACGGCGAGCAGCCUAAGUGUCGACUGUUAUCUGGUGAGAAGGAACCGGAGGCGGAAGAAGAAAGGGAACAGUAUAGCCGGAAGGUGAGAGAGUGGAGGAUGCGGGAGAAGAUGACUGCUUACGAGGAAAGACUGCAGGUUUGGAGGAGGAGGGAGCGGUUCAUGUCCAAGCAGCGCAAGCGCAAGCAAAUUGGGCAACAAAUAAAGCAGAUCGAAGCCGCGAAGAUAGGGCGACUAUUGAAGGCGUUUAUGGAACAUUACAACGAUGAAAGGGAUGACGUCAAAUAUUAUUCGGGUACUGCUCUGUGGAUUCGAAGGCGGUUCCGUGAGAAAGAGAUUUUGGUGGACAUGCGAGACCGUGUGCGAGAACGCCGAGAGCUCGAAGAAUUCCGUUCAAAGGAGACGGCGAAGGACCCCUUAUGCAGCAAUGCUGAAGAGAAGCGCACCGACAUAAAGGAACUGCCAGACGAGCUAGAGAGUCAAGUUCCUCCUAGCAUGUCGAGUGAUACGGGCGAGGAUGCUACGCCAAAGAUUGAAGCGUCUGACUGCAUAGAGAAGCCGUCAUCGCCAUUCACUUUGCAUUCAGGUCAAGGCGACCCUAAGAAUGAGGUAACCAUGGAUAUAGCGCCCUCAUACACUCCAUACCCGUCAGUACCGACUGACACUUUCGUUCAGACAGUGUACCCGUAUGCACCAGUAAACGACAACAACGCCACUGGAGGUUGCGACACUGACAACUUUGUUUUACCAACGGGCACAGAGUGCGUUGCGAUGACAGGAGUGUCGUCCGACGCGCAUUAUGUGAAUUGGUUGAACAACAGUUCCUGCUUUGGGUACCAAGGUGUGCUGCCGCUCUGA